GGUGACGUGAACGCAGCAUAAUACUAAUGUUGUCCACCAGAAGGAGACACAGGAUAAGAAAUCAUUUGAUCUCAUAGCUCAAAAUCUGUGUAAAUGGUUCAAUUUAAAUAGAUUGACUUGCAGAAAUCUGUGAUCUCCUAAUCCUACUUCAUGAUCAUUAUGAAUGAUCGCAUCGCUAACAUUUUUCCACUAUAGUUUUCAGACGGUCCAUAUGGGAUCCAGCGAAUACAACCAACUUUACCGCCCAAUAAAUGUGUCAUGCUGUACUGUAUGCUAACAUUAUACGAAGCUAAUGCAUGAAAUCAAUUAUUCAGGGACAAACACACAAAAUGUGCACCGAGCGCGUAACGUGACGUCAUCACCGCUCGCGCUACAAAAAGUGAAAGUAAAUUAACAGAGUUGAUGUUUCUCCAUUUAAACAACCAGGAAUAUCAAUGUGUUUUUAGAGGAACCUUUAUAAAAGAUCUUCCAUCCAGAGUCAGUGUUGGAGAUCAGAUUCUGUUUCAACUGUUCAGAUUCAUCAUGGAUGACACACAAACAUCCAGAGAUGAAGAUUUUUCUCCAGGAUUCAGUUCAGUUCAUCAGAAGAGAUCAGAACCAGAGUCCAGCUGUGUGUCUAUGAGGAGUGACGAGUCUAUGGGUCAACCAGUACAUUUUAAGAGUGGAGAUACACAGACUGAUCUCAGUUCAGUUGAUCAGAAGAGAUCAGAACCAGAGUCCAGCUGUGUGUCUAUGAGGAGUGACGAGUCUAUGGGUCAACCAGUACAUUUUAAGAGUGGAGAUACACAGACUAAUCUCAGCUGUGUGUCUAUGAGGAGUGACGAGUCUAUGGGUCAUAAAAUACAUUUUCCGAGUGGAGAUACACAGACUGAUCUGAGCCAUGAAGUCCUCAACAGGUUUAGAUCAAAUCUGAUGAAGAAGUUUGAGUGUCUGUAUGAGGGAACAGCACAGCAGGGAAACCCAACACUCCUGAAUGAGAUCUACACAGAGCUCUACAUCACAGAGAGUGAGAGUGGAGAGAUCAGUAAUGAGCAUGAGGUGAGACAGAUUGAGACACAAUCCAGGAGAGCAGCAACAGAGGACACACCGAUCCAAUGCAAUGACAUCUUUAGACCUUUACCUGGACAAGACAAACCCAUCAGAACUGUGCUGACAAAGGGAGUCGCUGGCAUUGGAAAAACAGUCUCUGUGCAGAAGUUCAUCCUGGACUGGGCUGAAGGGAAAGAGAAUCAGGAUGUCCAGCUCAUAUUUCCAAUUCCUUUCAGAGAGAUCAAUUUGAUGAAGGACAAAACACUCAGUCUUUCUGAUCUUCUUCAUGACUUUUUCCCUGAAACAAAAGAAAUGGAAAUAUCCAGUGACAAAUAUAAAGUGUUGUUCAUCUUUGAUGGUCUGGACGAGUGUCGUCUGUCUCUGGAUUUUCAGAGCGAUGUGAGGUUGUGUGAUGUAAGUGAAUCAGCCUCAGUGGACGUGCUGCUGACGAACCUCAUUGUGGGGAAUCUGCUUCCCUCUGCUCUCAUCUGGAUCACCUCCAGACCAGCAGCAGCUGAUCUCGUCCCCUCUGAGUGUGUCCAUCGAGUGACAGAGGUACGAGGCUUCAAUGAGCCACAGAAGGAGGAAUACUUCAGGAAGAGAAUCAGUGAUCAGAGUCUGGCCAAUACAAUCAUCUCACACCUGAAGUCAUCAAGGAGCCUCGACAUCAUGUGCCACAUCCCAGUGUUCUGCUGGAUCUCAGCCGCUGUUCUAGAGAAGAUGUUGAGUGAAGCAGAGAGUGGAGAGAUUCCCAAGACUCUCACUCAAAUGUACACACACUUCCUGAUCCUUCAGACCAACAUCAAACAUGAGAAGGACUAUGAGAAGAACGUGACAGAUGAAGACAUGAUCCUCAAACUGGGGAAACUGGCUUUUCAGCAGCUUGUGAAAGGCAAUGUGAUCUUCUAUGAGGAAGACCUGAGAGAGUGUGGCAUUGAUGUGACAGAAGCAUCAGUGUACUCAGGAUUGUGCACUCAGAUCUUCAGAGAGGAGUUUGGCUGGUAUCAGGGGAAAGUCUUCUGCUUUGUUCAUCUGAGCGUUCAGGAACAUCUAGCGGCUUUAUAUGUGCACUUCUCCUGUACAAACAACAACAUAAAUGUGUUUGAGCAAAUCACUAAACAGAGUUUGCGGUCUAAAGUUAAGGAGAGUUUUAAAAGUGUUUCAUUAUCUGAGCUGCAUCAGAGAGCUGUGGAUGAGGCUCUACAGAGUAAAAAUGGACAUCUGGACCUUUUCCUGCGGUUUCUUCUGGGUCUGUCAGUGGAGUCUCAUCAGAUUCUCCUACAAGGACUAAUGAAACAGAGAAGAAGCAGAUCUGACAGCAAUGAGAAAACAGUUGAGUACAUGAAGAAGAAGAUCAGCACCAUUGACUCUCCAGAGAAAUACAUCAAUCUGUUCCACUGUCUGAAUGAACUGGGUGAUCAUUCACUAGUGGAGGAAAUACAACAGUAUCUGAAAUCUGGAAGAAUAAGUAAAGCCAAACUCUCUUCAUCUCAGUGGUCAGCUGUAGUUUUUGUGUUGUUGACAUCAGAGAAGAAGCUGGAUGAGUUUGAUAUUAAUACAUUUGUUGGAGGAAAUUAUAAAUAUAAAAAACUGAAGGUUUUUCUGAAGCUGCUGCCUGUGAUUAAAGAAUCCAGAUCAGUUCAGUUGAGUUAUUGUGGAGUCACAGAUGAAGGUUGUGCUGCUCUGACUUCAGCUCUGAGAUCAAACCCCUCACACCUGAGAGAACUGGAUCUGUCAUGGAAUAAAAUAGGAAAAUCAGUGAAUCUGCUGUCUGAUGUACUACAGGAUCCUCACUGUAAACUGGAGAAACUGUGGUUGAGUAAUUGUGGAGUUACAGAUGAAGGUUGUUUGGCUCUGACUUCAGCUCUGAGAUCAAACCCCUCACACCUGAGAGAACUGGAUCUGUCUGAGAAUAAAAUAGGAAAAUCAGUGAAUCUGCUGUCUGAUGUACUGCAGGAUCCUCACUGUAAACUGGAGAAACUGUGGUUGAGUGAUUGUGGCGUCACAGAUGAAGGUUGUGCUGCUCUGACUUCAGCUCUGAGAUCAAACCCCUCACACCUGAGAGAACUGAGUCUGUCACUGAAUAAAAUAGGACAUUCAGAACGUGAACUGCUCACUGAUCUAAAGAAUUCUCCACAUUAUAAACUAGAGAAACUGUGGUUAUGAGGAAAAUCCCAUUUCCGUUCAAAUAUCCGCUCUGAGUCCGGCUCCACACACUCUCCUCACGGACACUCUCUUCUUUCUCCACUGUAACUUGAGAAAUUCACCACAGUGUUUAUAAACUCCUCUGAUCUGAAUCACGCAGCAGAAACCACAGGGUCCUGAAGCAGAGAGCUCAGAGAGCUGACAGAGAGACACCGUUUGUGUUUCUUGUUAUACAUACUGAAUACAGACUGAUAGAUUAAUAAUUAUAGCUUUUUUAAGACAGGGUUUCAUAAAUGUUAAUGAUGACUGUACAGUAUGUGAGUUAUACACUAACUCUGUUAACUUGUAUAUAUGUAUGUAUAAAAUACUGUAUAACUUUAUAAAUAACAUACAUUUCUGACUGCACUGUAUUAAAGUCGCUCACUCACAUAAAAUGACACUAUUGUCACUUUAAAACUACUUUACAGCACAAUUUGAAUUUGUCUCAUAAUUGAUCACUAAUGUGAUGUUGAUGAAGCUCUAGUCUGAAUGGAGAUGAGAAUAUAGUAGUGCUGUAAUCAUGAAGUGUCUUUUCAAAGCUGUUGUGUAAGAAACUCCAUUUCCAUGUCAAAUAAUGUUUCUUCAGCUUCUUCAGGUGUCUUUAAAAAUCACAUUUUUGUGCUGUCAUCUAGUCUGAUUUGGCAUUAGUAUUACAAGAAAUCAGUGUUAUUCAUAUGUAAGCACAUGACAGUCUUUAGGUCUGUAGAAAUGAUGAUCAGCUCGUAUUGAACACAGAGAUCAACCCCAACACACAUCCAUAAACUGCUCAUAUUAAAGUGUGAAUGAUGGGUUGAUUUAAACUGUUGAUGUCAUUAUGUUUCUAAAAACUGCCUUAUUGAGACGUCUUUCCAUAUGAACUUAUUGUUCUUUCUUGCUGUGUUUACAUGUAUUACAGGACUGUGCUUCAUAAUAAUAGUGCUUGAAGAUGUUUUGUAGACUGAAAUAAAUGGUGUAUAAACAA